UAAAAAAAACCACACGUUCUGGUAGGUUAUUCUUGAAUAAAAACCGUAAUGAUUAUUUAAGGGAUUGUAAUAUAAUGUAAUAACCUAUUGGAAACCCGAAUUAAAAAUCAUUCCAAGUCUUGUCAAAUUACAUAACGUUCCUUUUAUUUUCUAUUUCACUUUGGGUGUGAUUGUAAUUCUUGUACUAUCGGUUUCCAUUUUUUCAAGGCAAGGCAACGUUACAGUACUUUUGACAUGUGUUUCGUUUCAGGUAUGUCCCCGUGUUUUUAAAAGCUUCUUUUAGUGACGAAUUCGACGCCACAAACAAUAUGCUCAGAUCGCUAGUUAGCGGCGGUAUUAUGGCAUCCCCUGGGGGAAUCCGGCCAUGAAAUGCAAGGCAGAAAUCCCGCCCCGACGCCUGCGCUCGCCUGCGGGGUGGUGCUGAUGCUGAGGGACUCGUCCUGCAUUAAGUUCAUCACAGUCGCUCUGUUGCUGCAGCGCAACACACAGCCCUACAGCGCGUGCCUAUUGAUGCUUUGGAAAAAGUAAAUUUUAAAGGUCCGUUCCUCGUUUUUAAAAAGUGAUAUUGGCAGUCUUUUAGUGGAUGAUGCAGCACGGGGAGAAGUGAGAGACAAUUGGCCCGGUGACUUGUUUGUUUCACUUAGACUUCUCGUUUUAGAUGGAGAAGGCGCGUACACGUUUAAUAGGAAAGGCGGACUGAACAGGACCGCUGAGCUGUAGAAAGAAGGAUCUUAAUGCAUCGCCAGACUAUUUUUUAAUGUUGUUUCAUUAUCCUUACAGUGAAACUGAUCAAGAAGAGGUAAAUGUUUCUCUCAGCACUGCCGUUGUUUUUAUUUUGGUAAAUCAGUUAUUAGAAUAAUCUUUUCAUCCACUUUUUGGUAUUUAAAUUACAAUAUUAUUAUUAAAUACAGGGAGAAUUAGUAUUAUUAGGAAAUUAUGGGGAUUUAGAUUUCUGACUGUAUUGUGAACUGGGCAGAUAAUUAUUCCAUCGAAAUUAGUGGCUGUUUUUAGGUAAAGGGACUCCUCAUAUAAAGCGCGGUAGUUUUGCUUUGAAGAAUGGCCAUCAACACAGACGCGGCGUUUGAAAAAGCGGCCCUGGGUGAGAGUGGCGCUGCGCAGCCCCCCGAAUCGCAGGAGACAGAGAAACUUCUGACCAGCGAGACGGCCGGAGGAAACGGCAUCAAACUGUCCAGCUCCUUCAUGGUGAAUGUAGGCAGCGAGAAAGACGCGGAGUCGGACCAAAACGGACACAGCGUGCCCGUAAGAUCGGGCUCCGUGGUGCAGCUCGGGGGCCCGCCUCUGUCCCCGUCCCGGGUCAGCCUAAGUCGCACCUCUUCCACUGGGAAUACGGCCCAAGAACAGCCAAAACCCCGGGACUACCUCAUUUUGGCUAUCUUUUCCUGCUUCUGUCCCGUCUGGCCCCUCAACAUUGUCGGACUGGUAUAUUCAAUUAUGUCCAGAAACAGCUUGCAGCAGGGUGACGUGGACGGGGCCAAGCGGCUCGGCCGGCUCUCCCGGCUGCUCAGCAUCGUCUCCAUGGCGCUGGGUAUCAUCAUCAUCACUGUCUUCAUCCUCGUCAGAGCAAUGGGCUGAGAGGCAUCACCAGCCCGAACACCCCUAAGACGGAAGCACCCCGUGUCACCAGACCGCAGAGCACGUUACAUACGAAACGUUACAUGGGAAAUGCUAGAUUAAAGAAAACCUCACUGUGGUCCACUCUAAAAUAAUAAUAAUAAUAAUAAUAAUAAUAAUAAUAGCAAAAAAAGAAAAAUUACUUUGUAAAAACCCUGAGUCUCAUGUGGCAAUGAGGAGACAAGACAAACAACAGAAAAAACAGCAUUAACAGUAAUGGAUGCAUGCUUCACUUAAUGUUCGCUUGAGGAAAAAAAAACAUUAAUCAAAUUCUUUUUCUUUGGCGUUGAGAGCUGUGCGGCACCGGCUGCACGCAAAUCGCUGAGCGAAGACAGAGCAGAGAGUAAAGGGGGUACUGCGACGUCCAACCGGCUUCGGAACGGAAAGGAAAAGUCUGGAAAACAGAGCGUGAUAGAUAGACUGUAUAUCCUUGACUGGCUCCUUGCAUUCAUCAUGUAUACGACACUACAUAUAUAAUUGUGUGUAUUUGCAGUUUGCAUUAACUUGCAUUUUCGGGGAGGUUUUUAUGUAGACAGGAAGACAGUGAAGCAGAGCGGGAUUCAGAGCACUAGCAUAGGUUGGGGCGGGGGGGUUUCCGCAUGCAGCCCCCAGGCCUGGAGAGGAGUCCGUGUGGAGCUGAUCAUUACAUAUGGAUGUCCUCCGCAAUGAGCACACGCAUGUGUACGAUGUCAGACCACACAGCUGUCAGUGCCGGUGCCCCCCCCCCACCCCCCCCAUUUGCUUUGGGCUGGGAGGGCUGUAAAUACACUCUCUGCGAACACUUUUUCACGCCCCCCCUCCCCAUAUUUGAUAUAUAGGCAUGCUCAGAGCCCACAGCGUGCUGUGGGUUUAUUGCUCUCUGGGGCGGGGGGAGGAGCACGCGCUAGCUUUGGGAGUGAUGGCAUGCAACACAGUUACAGUCCCAACUGCAUCUGCAGGCACUCAACCAGAUUGCAUCUCUGUGAUUUCCUCAUUCUAGAAAAAAUAAAACACGAACUGCACACAAUAAACAUGUUUCGUGGUUGGCUGUAGGUAGCUCGAAGAUGUCCGCGAUGAGGAUGCGGAUCAUUUGAAAGGGGACAAAAGCACACAAACAUGUAUGUGACAUGAGUAUGAUCCCAGAAUGUCAUGCUGAUCUUUCACCAUGAUCUCAAUCUAAUGCUGAUCUUGAGUACAAUCUUUGAAUCUUGCUCUGAUCUUGACUGCGAUCUCUGAAUCUUGCUCUGAUCUUGAGUAUGAUCUCAUGCUGCUCCUGUAGGGCUCUGCCCCACUGUGUCUUUCGGAGUUAAAAGGAUUCGGUGAGUCUUCAUAAUGUGUCUCAUAUAAAGAUGAAACGGAGGAGCUGUUAAGGACGCAAGGAUCCACCUCACACCGACUCAACCCCCAGAGUAUGGAAAGUACUUUGGGACACAUUUGUUAAAAAUGUGCUUUUGCCAGCCCCUCAUGAUCCAGAAUCUCCCAGAGGCAUAAUCAUCUGGAUGAGGAGGAUUCAGAUGAGGCAGGAAGCCACAGAGCUCCAAGCCACAGUGCGUGACGGAGCUUCCUGUCCACCCAAACCGUACUUCACUCACACGCGUCUCACACGUUUACAUUUUCAGAUGCCUGUCCAUCUUGGAGACGAGGAGGAGAAAAAACAAAAGACUAUAUUCUUGUAUAUUUGAGUACUUCCCUCCCGGUGGACGUGUACGCCCUGCCUUCCAUUUCUCUGCUGUGUGACUUUUGCAUGUCUGCAAUAAACGUUACCAAGCAUGA